UAUGAAAUAGUCUGUGAUCCUGGUUAUUUUGGUAAAAACUGUAGUCAGAUUUGCAAUUGUGCCGAUGGCGAUUCUUGUCAUCACGUAACUGGAGAAUGUUAUUGCCCUCCUGGUAAACAUGGUGAGAGCUGUGAAAAAGUUUGUCCAAAUGGUAAAUAUGGAGAGGGAUGCAAAAAAAACUGUAAUUGCUCAUCAGAUAGACUAUGCAAUCCAGUAAAUGGAAAGUGUUACUGUAAACUUGGUUUCUGGGGUCAAAACUGUGAUAAAACAUGUAAACGCGGUUUGUAUGGCCCUAAUUGUUUAAAGAAAUGUACUUGUGAAAAUAGUGCAGAAUGCGAUGCCGAAACAGGACAGUGUCAUUGCUCUGCUGGAUUUUUUGGACCCACUUGCGAGAAGAAAUGUCCUCCUAAUCAGUAUGGCCGUAACUGUGACAAAGUAUGUUUUUGUUCUGGUGGUUCCUGUGAUUCACUUACUGGUCAGUGUAAGUGUCCCCCUGGACUCAGUGGAAAAUAUUGUCAUAAAAAAUGUGAAGAAGGUUUAUAUGGUGAGAAUUGCAAUAAUGUAUGCAACUGUGUACGAGGACAUUGUAAUCCUACAAAUGGAGAAUGUAUCUGUCCACCUGGGUAUUCUGGAUCAAACUGUGAUGAAGAAUGUCCUACAGGUACAUUUGGUCCAGAUUGCCAAUUUAAGUGUGAUUGUAAUAAUGUCAAUAGCUGUGAUAAAAUAACUGGAAGCUGCAAUUGUCUGGAUGGAUUUAUAGGUAGCAAAUGUGAAAAAGAUUGUCCUGAUGGAUGGUUUGGACAUUCUUGUGCUUCAAAAUGUAACUGUUCAAAUAAUGGAACAUGUGAUAAACAUACAGGAGAAUGCAUUUGUCCUUCAGGAUUUGAAGGCUCAAAAUGUCAAUAUGGUAAGUUAUUUAGUAAUUAA